AGCGAAACCAACGCCUGCCUCCGAGCAGCAGCCGCGCCGCGGCCGCCGAGGGUUUCUCUGGCCAGUGUUGCUCCCACCAGUCUACAGCAUGGGGAAUAUCUUUGCAAACCUCUUCAAGGGCCUUUUCGGCAAAAAAGAAAUGCGCAUUCUCAUGGUGGGCCUAGAUGCUGCGGGAAAGACCACCAUCCUGUACAAACUGAAGCUGGGUGAAAUCGUGACCACCAUUCCCACUAUAGGCUUCAACGUGGAAACUGUGGAAUACAAGAACAUCAGCUUCACUGUGUGGGAUGUGGGCGGCCAGGACAAGAUCCGGCCUCUGUGGCGCCACUACUUCCAGAACACACAAGGUCUCAUCUUCGUGGUUGACAGCAAUGACAGAGAGCGUGUGAAUGAGGCCCGAGAGGAGCUUAUGAGGAUGCUGGCAGAAGAUGAGCUCAGGGACGCCGUUCUGCUUGUGUUUGCUAACAAGCAGGACCUCCCCAAUGCCAUGAAUGCAGCUGAGAUCACGGACAAGCUGGGUCUGCACUCUCUGCGCCACAGGAACUGGUACAUUCAGGCCACCUGUGUCACCAGCAGGGACGGGCUCUAUGAGGGACUGGACUGGCUGUCCAAUCAGCUCCGGAACCAGAAGUGAGCUGUACUCCUCUCUCCUCCCCUCACACUCCCUCCUUCUGCCCUCGCUUUACUCUCAUGUGGCAAACGUGCCCCUGUGGUGUGAGUGCCAGAAGCUGUCUCCAUGGUCGGUCACAGUGUGCUUCACCAUGCUGUAAAUGUGCAGACGCAGCCUGCAACUGGGUUUUUAUUUAAUGUAAAUA